CGGGAGGGGAGGUCGUGCCCUUGCAAGAUGGCGGCGGCGGGGCUGUGCCCGUGCCGGGCGCUGCUCGCCCGCCGCGGCGGUGCUUUGCGGGCCCUCUGCGGCUCCGUGCGGGGCCUGGCCGCCGGCCCGGAGACGCACUUCGGCUUCCAGACGGUGACCGAAGAGGAGAGGCGGGAGAAAAUUUAUCAGGUCUUUGAAAGUGUGGCCAAGAAAUACGAUGUAAUGAACGAUUCAAUGACUCUCGGGAUUCAUCGAGUGUGGAAGGAUAUCCUCGUGCAUAAAAUGAACCCUUCCCCAGGAACGCUUCUUCUUGAUGUUGCUGGAGGAACAGGUGACAUCGCCUUUCGAUUUAUUAAUUACGUUCGCUCUGUACGAGAGCGCCAGCUCCAGCGGAAGCUUAGGCACCAUCAGAACUUAUCGUGGCAGGAAAUUGCUGAAAGUUACCAGGAAGACAGAUCUAAGUCGCUAGGGGAUUCCCAAGUGGUGGUCUGUGACAUUAACAAAGAGAUGUUAAAAGUUGGGAAGCAGAAAGCACAGCAUCUCGGCUAUACCGAAGGCUUGUCCUGGGUUCUUGGCAAUGCUGAAGAGUUGCCCUUUGAUGAUGAUAUGUUUGAUGUUUACACAAUUGCCUUUGGGAUCCGAAACGUAACCAGGAUUGAUUUGGCACUUCAGGAGGCCUAUCGUGUGCUGAAACCAGGAGGAAGAUUUCUCUGCCUUGAAUUUAGUCAAGUCAACAACCCUCUUCUUUCCAGGCUCUACGAUCUCUACAGUUUCCAGGUUAUCCCCGUUCUGGGGGAGGUUAUUGCUGGUGACUGGAAGUCUUACCAGUAUCUCGUGGAGAGCAUCCGACGUUUCCCCCCUCAGGAGGAGUUGAAGGCAAUGAUAGAAGAUGCGGGGUUUUUUAAAGUGGAUUACCAGAAUUUAAACUCGGGCAUUGUUGCCAUUCACUCAGGUUUCAAACUGUGAAUUUACUGUGUAGCAAAACACGGGAAGUGUAAUUUUCCUGAGGAACAUGAAAGCUGUGGAAUUUUAAUGCUAUCAAGAUUGAAGAGGAGUUUUAAGAACUUGUGCAACAGAUACUCACUCAGCGGUCCCAGAAGAACAUCAGCGACCUUUUUCCCCCCAAGAAACCUGUGGAUGAGGUGACUCCUGUGGUGUUUCUUACACUUGCAUUUCCCUUCCAAGUGCAACAUACAGGACACGGCCAAAACCAAGCAAUCCUAACAAAUGAAGCAGCUUCAGUUACCAGUGGGGUGGAUACAGAAAUAGACUUGACCGGUCUUCAAAUAAGAUGCCUCCUUUUUUUUUUCCCUGAGCUUCAAGGAGGGUCUCGUACCACUGAGAAGUAACUUGGAUUUAUUAGACUUUUAUUAAGCUGUCAUUAUCUUUGUCAUGUGGACUCUAAGGGAUUUUUUCCCAUGAUUCUUAACUUCUUUGAAAGGCAAAUGAAAGGCUUGUGAAAUAAAACAGCUCUGCAUCAA